GGAAAGACCAAGCGCGAACUGAAAUCCAACGAAAUGCUGAUUCAUCUGGCGAUAGUGUUCUCACUUUUGGCGUGUGCCAAAUCUCUAAGUGAAGGAGACAGCUGCGCCAUUAUGGAUGGCUCUCCUGGAGUUUGCAAGGCGAUAAACGACUGCUCAUACGCAGAAGAUGACUUCAGAAAGCAUCUCAAGCCAAUGAAAUGCGGCCACAGUGAAUUUGAUCCAUUCAUAUGCUGUGAUUCCCCAAGUGAAUCCCCACUUGGGGUUACCACACCUAAAAUUAGGGGAAGAAAAACAACCGAAACGGACCAACUCAAAGGGAAAGAAUUUUCUUUGGAAUGUGACAAAGCAGAGAGAAGAGGGCAGAAAGCCUAUGAUAAAUGCCUUGAAUACCAAGAGAAAUAUGUGUACCCAUGCCGCCCUGGACCUACUGGUAACAUUAGAGUUGACGACUGCACUUGGAAACCAGAACAACUAAUUAUAGGAGGAGUAGACGCUUAUAAGGGGGAGUUUCCGCAUAUGGCUCUCCUGGGCUAUGGCAAUGAUAAAUUAGAAUGGCUUUGUGGAGGUGUCAUAAUCAGCGAACGAUAUGUGCUCACAGCAGGGCAUUGCACGUACAGCGCAUAUAAGCAUAGUCCUGUUAAGAAAAUCCGAGUUGGUAUAUUAAAACGAAGUGAUGCCGUGGAUUCGUCUAAAGAAUACAAUGUGGUGCCGAUCAAAUACCCAGAAUACCACUCACCGCUGAGAUAUAAUGAUAUAGCAUUACUACAGACUGACAGAGAUAUAGAACUUAACAAGUACGUCGUGCCAGCGUGUCUUCAUGAUGGCGGCGCGGACAUAUUCAAGAACAGCGCCAUCGUUACCGGUUGGGGAACGACGGUUUAUAAAAGUCGGGAUUUCUCGGAUGUACUCCAAAAGGCAAGAGUCGAGAGAUUUGAAAGUGUCGAAUGUGAAAAGAAGUAUAAUCAUAUCCGCCUAAUGCCAAAUGGAUUUAACUCAACAACCCAACUGUGUUAUGGAGAUCGAUUUUCCAACAGGGAUACUUGUGAGGGAGAUAGUGGUGGACCCCUGCAAAAAAUCCACCCAACCAUCCGCUGUAUGUACUCGGUCAUUGGGAUCACCUCCAUGGGCAAAUCGUGCGGUAUAGCUGGUGAACCUAGCAUUUACACUCGGGUGGAAUAUUACCUGCCCUGGAUUGAGGAAAUUGUUUGGCCUUAGAUACAUUGAUUAUGUAUUAUACUGUUACGGAAUAUUAAAUUUGCAAAAACAGAAACAGUUUAUCGACGAUUUUGUUUACAAUUUCGAAAUAAAGAGAAUUCAAUAGCAA